AAAUAAAGAAUAAAGAUAAGGUGAGUUUGUCAUGAACCACACAGACACAGACCCCAUGACAUUCCUCUAAUACAACUGCUGCAAUUCCCCUCCUCUCAAUCUACAUCAUCCUUCACAACAAUGGCGUCUUUGCCCUCUAUUUCACAAGCAUUUCUUCCUUCCAGCUCUUCUCAGGUAAAUAAUGCAUCACCUGGGAAAAGGGUUUCUGUUUUGGUGAGGGCUGAGCGCGUUUCAUCUGCUGCUUGUGCUUCAGCUUCAUGUUCUUCACUGUCUUUCCAAGAUGGGAUUGCAAGGAGGAAACUGAUUGCCCUUGGAGCUAGUAUCCCUGGAAUUUUGCUGUUUGCGGACACCCCUAUCUCAUUUGCUGCAGAAUCUAAAAAGGGUUUCCUCCCAGUCAUCGAUAAGAAGGACGGCUACACAUUUCUGUAUCCAUUUGGAUGGCAGGAAGUUUCCAUUGAGGGUGAAGAUAAGGUCUUCAAAGAUGUCAUUGAACCAUUAGAGAGUGUCAGUGUGAAUCUGGUUGCAACUGGCAAAGAGGAUGUUAAAGAGUUUGGACCUCCAGAUAAGGUAGCUGAAACUUUAAUUAAGAAGUUUCUGGCUCCUGCUAACCAGAAAACAAAGCUAAUUCAAGCAAAAGAGCAAGAUAUUGAAGGCAGAACAUAUUACACAUUUGAGUUCGUCGCCAAGGCGCCGAACUAUACCCGACAUGCUCUAAGUGUAAUCUGUAUUAACAACGGUAACUUCUACACUUUGACAACAGGCGCAAAUGAAAGGAGAUGGGACAAAAUGAAAGACAGAUUAAACACUGUUGUUGAUUCUUUCAGAGUCUUCAAUGCUACUAUGGUAAACUAGACGUCUCAUAUUGACACCCUACACUAUUUCUUGCGUGAGUUGCACAAAUUUUUAGCCUUAAUCAAAGUUUAUUGCUCCAAAAACUUGAAUGUUGGAGAAUACUCUCUUUAUGUAUAUUAGACCCAUUUUUUCAUAAUGACUUCAUGUAAAAGUCUACUGAGUAAUGAAAUUAUUAUUCCUCAAUGAUAAUCUCUUGAUGCAUUAGCUUCA